CAAACCCAAACCCAGAAAACCCUAGUUUUCCUUUCUCUUUAAAAGGGGGGAGCCACACCAAAAAAAAGGCUGCAGACGGCGAAAAAAAAAAAAAGAAAGAAAAAGCUGGAUUCUUCUCCCAUCCAGAACCCUUUUCUCAAAAUUUUCCUCCGAUCAAUAGCUUCCACCUACAUCACCGGUCAUCACCUGAUUCUUCUCCCAUCUAGAACCCCCUUUCUCCAUUUUCUCCGAUCGUGGGAUCCCUCCUUCAGAUCUGGAUCUGCCUUUCUCCAAAAUUUCCGCCUUGGGUGUUUUUGUUUCAUAUUCUUCAAUUUCCUGAUGUUUGGUGCUUAAACUUGUAUGAAUUUGCUAAAAGUGAAUGAUAUUCAGUGAUUCGUUGCUUGUAUGAAUCUGCUCUGCCGCUGGCCUGUUGUCGGACCGAAUCCAUCUGCUUUGUUGCCGCUAGAGCGAUUUGCUGCUGCUACGAAGCCAUCUGCUGCCAUUGCUAUUGCUGCCGUUCAACUUUAGUGCGUGGUCUUUAAUUAUUCUUUUAACAAACAGAUUAUAUGUCCAGGAGGGGGUGGAAAGAGGAAUGAAGAGGUGUUUUUUAUUGCAGUGUUUUGGCUUACUACAUUGGGGUAUUGGUUGUAUUGAAUCCUUUUGGAAUUAUGGAGUGGAGCAGGUUUUGUAUUUGGUGCAUAAUGUGUAAACAAUGGGUAUUAUAUAUAAGGGUUGUAUGGUCUUUAAAAUCUUAUAAAUAAUAUUUUUUUUA